AGUAUUUCCAAUUGUCGCUAAUUAUCCCCAUUUACAUUUCACAAUGAACCUUUCCAGGAUUUGGCUUUCGCUCCCGCAUGAUAUGACGGAAGAGAUAUUCUCCCACACCGUCGACACCCACUUCUUCGCCGACCCAGCCUACACCUGGACACAGCUCCGCCGGCUCUCGGCACACCAGAAACGCGUAAUCGAGCGCCGCUUCCGGGAGUACUGGCUUCCCAAGUUGACCAUCACCGUCUAUGCUGGCUCCUCCCGCAGAUACGAUUAUGCUUUCGCCGAAACUCCCACCACCCCCGAGAGCGCGGAUCGUGACAGCGUCAUGUUUGUCCUACAGACGCAGAUCCAAACCCCACUCAUAGGUCUCAAUCAGGACUUGAACGUGGCCAAGAAGCAUCUAAAGAAGGCCUGGCAUAUGUACGACCCAGCAACGUACAGGAAUAUCACGGUACGGCUGGGCGAGGGGGUCCUCAGCGGCGGUUGCCGAGGCGGAUACACCCUCAACGACACCCACCUGCCCGGCUUGAAAUUGCUAAAGUCCGGGAAUAUUCGGUUCAACUGGAAGGAGGCGAUCAGCGAGCUACUUCGUGAGGAGAUGCACAUGCGCACGGCGGGAAAAGAAAUGUUUGGCGACGCUUGCUCCAAGUGGCUCGCCGGGCAUUCCGAGGUCCUGCAGUUCCCGCCCCUGGAAGUCCAGCUCGGACCCUGGCGCUGCCACGUUCAACCAGCCCGCCGCGUUGCGGCCUUCAAGGACCGGGUGGAAAAGUCCCGCGGAACAGGCCGGCCGAUACAACUAAAGUUCCGCGGCCGGUCGAAGUGGUUGCAUAAGCAGGAGCCGGAUGAUGACGAUGAGAUCUUCGACCAUCGUUUGGGGUUCUUUGCUCUUUGUCGACGGCAACCGCCCGACAUAUUCGAGGUGGCGGAGGUUGAGGAGUCGGUGGUGCCGAUGAUGGAGGUCUCUCAGACCUGGGUUCGGCAGCAACUCCGUGGCGGUAAAGUCACCCCUGACGGGAGCGGGAUCGCCAAGGGCCACGAAAUUGCUGAUUUAUAUCGCAAAGAGUGUGCCUGGCGCAUCUGGAUCGGAGAGUCGCUUCCACUAUCACCAAAGGAAGGGCCCCCGAAGGAGCUAAUCCCCGACGAGGACGAGCGUGGAUUGGAGCUCGUGCUAGGCGACGAGAAAAUUAGAUGGGUCAAGUAUUUUGGGUAG